AUGGCCGACCACCGCCCGACUCUCAUCAGGGCGCCACCGGAGGACCCCACUAAGUCGCUGGUCGAGAAUUGUCUCGAAUUGACAGAAUUGGGGAUCAUUGCGCCUGACCUCUUCACGAAUACGCGCGAACUAUGGCACCCGCCAGGCGCUAGGGGCAUCUACGGCGGCGCUGUCAUCGCACAAACCCUGGCCGCAGCCCAGCGCACCGUGCCGCCAGACUUCGUGGUGCACUCUUUCCACUGCUACUUCGUCCUGGCUGGGGACUCCUCCACGCCCAUCCUCUACCACGUGGAGCGGGUGCGCGAAGGCCGCUCCUUCUGCACGCGCACUGUGCAAGCCCGGCAGCGCGGGAAAGCCAUCUUCACCGUGACCAUGUCCUUCACGAAGGAGGAUUCAGGCGGCCCCGAGCAAGUCCGCCACGCUGUGCCCAUGCCCGAGGACGUGUCGCCCCCUCCCGAGGACUAUGAGGAGGACUUACCGGGCGGCAUCACCUCGCCUUUUGAUACCUACCGCAUGCAGAUCACCGACAGGGACGGCCCGCCCGAGCGCAAGAAGACGUGCCAUUGGGUCCGAGCCAAGGGCAAGAUUAGCGAGAGUGGUGGCCAUCAGGCCCAUUUGAGCGCGUUGGCGUAUGUAAGUGACAGCUACUUUAUUGGGACGGUGAGCAGGAUCCACCAGCUUUGGCGAUUUCCGUUCAGGUUUGAAGAGAUGGAGAAUUUGCCUGAGGAGGUUCGGGGGCAUGUUACCAAGUUGAAUGACUGGGAAGGGUUAGGUGAUCUGGAGAGUAUGAGGGGGAGGCCGCAGGUUGGCAUGAUGGUUUCUCUCGAUCACACCAUCUACUUCCACAAUCCUAAGAAGGUGCGUGCCGAUGAGUGGAUGUACACAGAGAUGGAUUCUCCGUGGUCAGGAGACGGCCGGGGCGUCGUCACGCAGAGGAUUUUUAGCAAGGACGGUACCUUGCUGGCAACGUGUUUUCAGGAGGGAGUGGUUAGACUGAAGCAAGAGCCAGCCGCAAAGUUGUGA